AUGGUCUCUGAGCAAACGAACCGACACUGCGUGGAGAAGGGUAAGCACGGCGGAAAGUGCGGAUCCCAGAGAUGCCUCCCACCCGGGAACUCCGCAGCGGCUUUAGCAGGCAACGGCCGAAGGCGGGCGCCGGGCAGCCUGCGGCGGGCGGACUGGGACCGGGCCUCUUGGCGGGCGGGACCGAGCACGGCGGCCGGAUGGAGGACGACGAGGAGGAGAUCACCGCCGCCACGCUGCGGGGCAAGCCCCGGCCGCCGCCCGUCUCGGCGCUGUCCGCCUUCAGCUACGUCCCGCCGCGGCGCCAGGACCCCAAGGAGCACAGCUACUACUACCGCCAGGGCAGGACCGGAAUCAUUUCCCUCUAUGACUGUGUUUUUAAGAGGAACCCAGGUUAUAAUCAGAAAUUGCACCGAGACGACAGAGAACAUGCAAAAAGCCUGGGACUCCACGUUAACGAGGAGGAGCGCGAGAGGCCAGUGUGGGUGCUGACGUCUUCCGUCUACGGGCGGCGCAUCCACCAGCCUGUGGAGCCCCCGAACCGGGAUCACAGCCGCGCAGGCCACGUGAAGGCCGACUUCUACCGGAAGAACGACAUCCCCAGCAUCAAGGCGCCCGGCUUCGGGCACAUUUCUCCGGCCUGACGCCCUCGCAUGGCCCGAAGGGCGCGGGCGAGAGGGAUGGCCCUGGUGGGGGGCGCGGAGUGGGGGACGCGGUGUGGCGCCGGCCUCAGGGCCCCCGUGUGGACCUCCCGGGCCAGCGGGCGCCCCUGAUGGGCCCCCGAUGCGCUGGGGCCGCGGGAAGGACCGCGCAGGGCUGCUUCCCGCACGUUUCCUUGGCGACCAGCCUGGCCAAAGGCCUGCGACUCUGAGGACGGACACCUACCUGGUAUGACGGUUUGCACGCGACCCGAUUUCAGAUGGAAUGAUGCUGGAGGCUGAUCCAUUAUGAGCAUCUGAACAAAAUGAAAACCUUGCUCCCCCUUGACCGCGGCUGGGCUGAUCUUUGCUCGCUCCUCUCCACGUCUGCGAGGCUUCCUGGCGGAGGCGCUCGCGCAAUGGUGCGCAGGUACUUUUCUUACCGGUUAUGGAAAGCGCUACCGUCUCACAGCACAAAACAGUACUUAAUGGGGAUAUAAUGAAAUUGCCUUUCGGCACAGCUGAACUCUAGCGUCUACAACAUUCUUCCCCCUGCCCCGCGCAGGCCUGAGCCACAAAUAACAGAAUUUUGGAGAACCGAGGACAAAAGCCCCUAGUAGGAUGGGUGGCCUCGGUGGAGAAGCAGCCAGAGGUCACAGGAAGAGCUCGGGCUUUGGCGCUCGACAGACUGGGGGAACACUGUGGCUCCUGCAUCUUCUAGCUCCACGGGGUGGGGCAAAUUGACUCACCUACUUGAGCCCACAUUUCCUCAGCUUUAAAGUGGGAGUUCUAAACCUUGAGGAGUUUGUGUGGGAAUCCGUAAGCCACUGGAGUGUAGUCUUAACCUGCACGAUAGGGGCUGUGACUGUCACUUUGACCGGUUUUCUUUUAGGAAGCAGCUGCUGCCUUUAACCAAAGUUAGAAAUGUUUACUUUGGAGGUGAUUUGAAACUUAUUCAAGUAUUAAGAUAUUGGCUAUGUUUUUAAUGAAUGGAUCUCUUGGAAGAAAUCAUCCCUCACCUAUCAUGAUUAAAUUUUCCACAGCUUAGCAGUUUAUGGGCAGGUGAUCUAAUUAAUUUCAAUGCUGGUUCCUCCAUUGCUGGUUUUAUUGUCUUGAUUCUCUAAGGACUUAUGACACUGCGUUCCUGGCAAUUUCAAGGCUGAAUGAUUCUUAAAUAUUUCCUUAUACUUUUGAAAAUGUUUUUUCACUGUCGGUGUCUUUUAUGUUUUUUCAAACAAAUAGCAGUUUAUUUGGAAUGCCUUUGGGUGCAUUAAGCAUGUUUAUAGUAACAUGAUAGAAAAUAUAUAAAGUUUGGGUGAUGGAAAUUUUUAUAAAUUAUUCUUUCUUCAGUCUUGAUUACCAAGAAAGACAAGUCAUCUCUAAGAAAUGCCUUUGGGGCUUCCCUGGUGGCCCAGUGGUUAAGAAUCCGCCUGCCAGUGCAGGGGACACGGGUUCGAGCCCUGGUCCGGGAAGAUCCCACAUGCCACGGAGCAACUAAGCCCGUGCACCGCAACUACUGAGCCUGCACUCUAGAGCCCGCGAGCCACGACUACUGAGCCUGCGUGCCACAACUACUGAAGCCCAUGCGUCUAGGCCCGUGCUCCGCAACAAGAGAAGCCACCACAAUGAGAAGCCCCUGCUCACCACAACUAGAGAAAGCCCGUGUGCAGCAAUGAAGAUGCAACGCAGCCACGAAUAAAUAAAAAAAGAAAAAAAAAGAAAUGCCUUCAUCUGAAAGUAGUUGCAAUAAAUUAAUGUCAGGUCAUUUUCAGUUACUUUAAGUCAGAUUCUACUCCCUUAACCUUCUACUACUUUUAAAAAGCAGGGCUUUAAUUGGGCAAGCUUUCAAAAGCACUUAUGUUUAUUAGGCAGCAAAGGAAAAUUAUAUUUCUUUCAGCAUCUUGACUUUUACACCUUAAAGCCAGUCAGUGAACGCCCAAUAGUCAUCUUAUCAAAGAGAAACAUACAUUAAAAGAAUUUGUUUUGAUUUGUUACAUUUCCAUUUGUCAGUGUGUUUUCAAAAGCAGUGUUGCUGUCUGUCUUUAGGAAAGCACACUGAGCUGGG